AUGGAGCAACCAGAAGGUUUUGAAUCUUCUGAUUAUACAGAUCAUGUUUAUAGAUUAAAGAAAGCACUUUAUGGCCUGAAACAAGCACCACGUGCUUGGUACUCUAGACUUAAUUCACAUUUGAUUUCUAAAGGUUUUACUAAAGGCAAUGUUGACAGUACAUUAUAUACUAAAGUUGUUAGCAAUGAUCUUCUAGCUAUUGAAAUCUACGUAGAUGAUAUCAUAUUUGGAUCUACAAAUGAUGAAUUAUCACAGAGUUUUUCAACUAUUAUGGAAUCUGAAUUUGAAAUGUCAAUGCUGGGACCUUUAUCUUUUUUCUUGGGUAUCCAAGUAUCACAACUAGAACAUGGACUUUUUAUUUCACAAACUAAAUAUGCCAAAGAGAUGUUAAAAAGAUUUCAGAUGGACCAUUGUACUCAUGUUGGUACACCUAUGGAAACUGGGUGUAAGUUGGUUAAGGUUGAUGAUUCUCCACUUGUUGAUCAAAGUAAAUAUCGGUCUAUGGUAGGAAGCUUGCUCUAUCUCACUGCUUCUAGACCUGACUUAAUGCAAGCGGUUUGUUUGGUCUCAUGCUAUCAGUCUACUCCUAGACAAUCUCAUUUAAAUGCAGUAACAAGAAUUUUUAAAUACAUCCAAGGUACUCUGGAUUUUGGUUUAUGGUAUCCAAAACAUGGUGAUUUUACAUUGAUAGGGUAUACUGAUGCUGACUGGGGAGGUUGUAUUGAUGAUAAACGUAGUACUAGUGGUGCAGCUUUCUUCCUUGGUGACCAGCUGGUUUCUUGGCACAGCAAGAAGCAAGACUGUGUCACUUUGUCCAUAGCUGAAUCUGAGUAUAUUGCUGCCACAGCUUGCUAUUUACAUAUUUACAAUUAUACACAAGUGUUUUGGUUCAGUUAUGCUUUUCAUGCUGAUCAUGCUGAUCUAUUUCAGAUUUCAGAUUUACACAGUCAAUUAUACACAGGUGUUUUGUUUGAUUUUCAGUUCUUUUGGCAAUAUAGUUUGCACUUGUACGUUAAUCUGUUUCAGCAUGUCAGAAGUGCUUCUGGUUCACUUAAUAAUUUGAUGAGUACUUGA